AGCAGCGGGUGGGGGGAGGGAGGAAGAAGCGCACCUCGUGGGCCCGUGCGGCAGAUCGUGGCCACGACUGCCAGUUGAGUGCGAGUACCGCGAAACCGCGCGGUCGGCCAUUGUGCUUUCUUCGUGUCGCCGAUACGAUUGCGCGUUGUCCGUCAGCUUAAACUAAAGUGUUCAGUGUCGAAUUAUACCGGACGAGUCUGCGAGAGAGAGAGAGAGAGAGAGAGACGUGUACGUGCGCCGUAAUUCGCUGCCGGCUUCUAUUUCCGGAGCUACACCGCCGUCGCUGUGUCACCGUCAUUAACGUCAUCAUCAUUGUGUUACCGUCAUCGUCAUUGGCGCCUUCAGUCUGCGGCUAGUCAGUAUCAGAAGAUGCGCCUGCGCGGGAGCGAGUUCGCGAGACGGUGCGCGCGAGUAACGCGCCGGUGAACGCGCGAAGAAAUGAAAUGUGCGAAGAGGAGAGCCAUUAGGAAUCCGCCAUUCUCGGCGAAUGUCAUUCACCCUGCGUGUACAUCGUAAGAAGAAAAAGAAGAAGAAGAAGAAGCAGCAGCAGCAGCAGCAGCAGCAGCAGCAGCAGCAUCGUCAUCGGAAGAAGAUCGAACGAAGAACUGCUCUGCUCGAGGCAAGGAGCUACUGAAGUCGCAAGAACGCGCGUCUUCGCUUCUCUUCCGGGAGUCGAAUCGAUCUCAAAUGAGUCCAGCCCGAAUCGAUUGACCGAACAGAGAAUCGUCUGACAGCAGCAUUGAGAUUCGUAAGUCACGGCGCUUCCACAUUGAGGUACAUCGAGAAGAUACGCGGAUCUCCAUUCGAUCCUCUCUGAAAGGGGACCGAUUCUAGACUCCGGUAGUGUCCGCGGGGACGCAGAUGGGAGCUUGUCUGAUAGAAAUCCCAUCGACCACUCCGUGCGACAACAAUCUAACGCGUUCCCAGCGAUCGACUUCACGGCUGCCGUCGUUCACCGACCACAAGGCCUCUUCUUCUCCCACCCGAUUCGGCCACAAAAAUUCGAUCAAGCUGGAAUUGAUGGAGUUGGAGAACAUUGUUGCGAACACCGUGUACCUGAAAGCGAGAGAAGGUGGUGGUGACAGCAAUAAAGGAAAGAGUAAGAAAUGGCGGAAGAUACUUCAGUUCCCACACAUUUCCCAAUGCAUCGGCCUAAAAGAUAAACUGGACAUCAGGUACAGUUAUGUGGUGGACCAGCAGCCGAUUGGGCGGCUGCUCUUCCGACAAUUCUGCCAGGACAAAAAGCCAGCCUAUCAUCGCUACAAUCUCUUUCUGGACGCGAUCGAGAAGUACGAGAUUGAGCUGGAUGAGAAUCGCAUCGAUCUGGCGAAAGAGCUGUUUGAGCAGUACCUGAAGCGGGAGGGUUCGGAGGUGGUUGACAUUCUGAACGAUUCCUUAAUCUCUCAGUGCGAGGAACGACUCAGCACCGGCGGCAAGGAACUCUUCACCGAGGUCGCGCAGACCGUGAAAAACUUCCUGGCUGGCGAGCCGUUCUCAGCCUUCCUCAGCAGUUUCUACUUCUACAGGUAUCUCCAGUGGAAAUGGCUGGAGGCACAACCAGUGACAUACAAGACCUUCCGGAUGUAUCGGGUAUUGGGCAAGGGUGGCUUCGGGGAGGUCUGCGCUUGCCAGGUACGCGCCACCGGUAAGAUGUACGCGUGCAAGAAAUUGGAGAAGAAGCGCAUCAAGAAGAGGAAAGGCGAGUCGAUGGUACUAAUAGAGAAGAACAUUCUGCAGAAGAUCAAUUCUAAGUUCGUCGUCUCGCUCGCGUAUGCGUACGAAACGAAGGACGCUCUCUGCCUCGUGCUGACUAUCAUGAAUGGCGGCGAUCUCAAGUUCCAUAUUUACAAUAUGGGUGGUGAACCAGGCUUUGACAUAAAUCGCGCCCGAUUCUAUGCGGCCGAGGUUGUGUGCGGUCUGGAGCAUCUUCAUCUUCAGGGUAUCGUCUAUAGGGACUGCAAGCCGGAGAACAUACUGCUGGACGAUCAUGGUCAUGUGAGAAUAUCCGAUCUCGGUCUCGCGGUGGAAAUUACGGAGGGCGACAUGGUGCGCGGUAGGGUCGGCACGGUGGGUUACAUGGCGCCUGAGGUGAUCGACAAUGAGAAGUACACCUUCUCGCCAGAUUGGUUCAGCUUUGGCUGCCUAUUGUACGAGAUGAUCGAGGGUCAAGCGCCGUUCCGCGCUCGCAAGGAGAAGACCAAACGCGAGGAAAUCGACAGACGCGUCAAGGAGGAUCAAGAGAGGUAUUCGCCCAAGUUCAGCGAGGAUGCCAAAAGUCUGUGCCAACAGCUGUUAAAGAAGAGCCCGAAGAACAGGCUGGGUUGCAAGUGCGGUCGACACGGGGCGAAAGAGGUGAAACUCCAUAGCUUCUUCCAGUGCCUGAAUUGGAAGAGGGUCGAGGCUGGUAUGUGGGAACCGCCGUUUGUGCCAGACCCUCGUGCGGUUUAUGCUAAAGAUGUUUUGGACAUUGAGCAGUUCUCCACGGUGAAAGGUGUUAAUUUGGACGCCACGGAUGAUACCUUCUACAGCAAGUUCAACACCGGCAGCGUGUCCAUUCCAUGGCAAAAUGAGAUGAUAGAGACUGAGUGUUUUAAGGAACUGAAUGUAUUAGGUCCUAACAACACGCCCACCCCAGACUUAUUGAUAAAUCAUACACCGCCCAACAAUGACGACAGAGGCUGCUUUCCUUUUCGGAGAAAGAGGAAACAGAGCGAUCGCACAAGGGAGAUACCGUUGUCGGAGUGCCACUUGCUGGAAUUGUCGCAGACGCAGAGCUCGGAAAUGCCAGCCAGCUGAUCUAUGGUGAACAAGAAUAACAGUCUGAAUCGAUUAAUGUCGUCAUCAUUUCGACAUUGCCGCCAUCCUGACGUAACUGACGGCGCGCGUUCGAGUGCCACUGGUGGCUGCUGCGUUAAGAGCAAGCCGAUCUCAUUCUCUCUCUCGGUAGCACCCGAAGCCACGGCAACUGUCCCUGAAAAUGGCUGCAUAGUUCGCAUAAUAAGAAGUCGCAACGACUGCGGGUCUGAAGCAUCCUCUCAGGUUUAUUGGGGUGAGAUCAAAGAUCUACUCCAGGAUAAAACAUGUAUUCGCGCAAUUUUACGCGCGCGCUUACAGCUACGCAUAUGCGGCAAACAAACGCGACACACGGAAGCCAGGCGCAUUGUAUGUUUCUGUCAAAUUCGAAUGACACGUUCGUUACCAAAUAUAUUUUCCUCGAGCUCGAACGCGGGAAUGCUCGACGUGCACUUUUGCACGUCCAUCAACGUAUAUCGACGUGUUUUAUCGAGCUUCGAUGUGUCCAGAUUCACGAGUCGCGGGCGAGAGAAAAUUUAGGGCGAUAUGUAGAUAAUGAUUGUGUCACUCACAGCGCGAUUACGUGGCAUACGUAAUAUUCUGAAUGCGGAAAUUCGAUUUUCAGAAUGUAUAGUCAGUGGUAACAGUAAUUUCAUUUCUCAUUAACUAUGAAAUGGCGUACAAAAUCUUUAAUUUUAAGUUUCGGUCUUAUUUUAAGUUGAAAUGAACGAGUACAUGUAGGUGUACGAAUGGAUGUGCAAUUAUUAUUUGCAAUUAUUUCUUCGAUACGUACUUAUGAAUCUUUUAAAUUGACGAAUACAAAAAUUUAAUUUAUAUUAAUUUUCAAAGAGCAUUUUCUCUUAGGAUAGAUGUUUAUUUUAUAUCAUUUUAUUCUUAACGAUUGAGGAUGUUGCCAUCCCAUCGAAAAUAUCGGAGAGAAUCACUUUAGCGCACGAUUAAACAUGAGAAAUCGUGAGUAUGCUGCAAUUUUAUUUAUUAUUAUUCCAAAUUGCUCCGAGUGUACUUUUAAAUACUUCCCGAAAAUUUCGAGACAAUCGACGUUCCUUCGGUCUAUCUUUUGGUUGUCGACCGAUUCUAAUGUACUGUUUCGUAUGGUCGUAUUUGUCUGAGGCGAAUAAGCUAUGUAGCCAAGAACUUUGGUCGUAAUCGCGUUCGCACUUCGAUGAUUUAUUAACGUGCUCGAUAGAGCGUCUAGAAUGGAACUCGCGGGGGCCAAAAUAAAGUAGAAACAGCUUGUAGGCGAGCGAUAACGAGCACGCACGUGGAAUGGACGGGUCGUAAAAGAGCACGUGAAGAGCACGGCGCUUGUCCUCCCGCCCGCACGUCCGUUUCCUCGCUCGCUCGCUUCUCGCGUAUCGCAACAUUAAGCUACCGGUAAACGGACACCCGACACUACCGCGAGGCAAAUAAACACUCGCGUGCACUCGCGCGUUUAUAAACGUUAACCCGAUAUAUCUGGAGGUUGUAAUUACGGAGACAUGUGCAACACAUGAUACAGCGAGUUGACGGCGCCGAGAAGACGCUACAUCUAAGAGCGCGACGAGCGAAUUAGUAGCGAAGUAUAUUGAUCUAGCGUUGCUAAAUGGAGACACUAGAUAAGUCUUACAAAAUGACGAAUGAUAAACUCAUGAUAAAAUGUUCCUGAAUGUUUAAUAACGCUGUCACCAUAUAGCAACAAAUAUUAUUAACGGUAAAAAGUAAUUUUUAUCUCAGACGCCUUUAACAUGCUGUAUAAAUUGAGUUCAAUCGCGAACGUGGAUUAGUGAACGGUUACCGCAUCUUAAAGCUGGGCAAACAUCCAGAAAAUAAGGAAUAAAGGAUAACAUACGAGAAUUGCAUCCGUCGACAAAUUGCAGUUUCCGGAAACCGCAUUCGAGCGUUACAUAUUUUUGAAAUAUUGUAAUAGUUUCGUGUCAGUUGUGUACAUUGAGAGAUUCUAUCACGAUUACUUUAACACGAAAAAUUCCUAUCUCACAAUAGAUUGGUCCAAUAUUUGAACCGAUCUGAAUAUGAUGAUUUGAUUUUAAUAAUAAAAUCAAAAUUUCUGACAAAUUAUAGAUUUAUCGAAAAAAAAUCUGUCAUUAAUUAAAAUUAAGAUUCUUUAUUUCCGAAACAAGCUUUGGUAAUCUUUAUUGCGUAUCGCAUUAAAUCUUUGCACGUGCACUUUGGAAAACACUGUAAAACAAGCGAGAAGCUCUUGCGAAUUGGAUUAACGGGCACAUUCUGAUAGUUCACGCAAUUUGGCCAUUCUCCAGUUGCGAGUCGUGUGCCAACGAUUUGAGUUCCUGUCAAAGAAUUCUCUUCUGCCAGACAGUCGUCGCGAGUCAGUCGAAUACGUCAUCUCCCUUUGAUCUUGUAAAUCCGGAUGUGAACGUUGAUGCCACUCGAAAUUCUUAACCUCAUUAAGAAUCUCUUGCAAAACUCGACUCCGUCAUGUAAAAUAAUAUUUAAAAAUUGAUCGACGUUAGAUAAAAAUAAUGAAUAAGAAAAUUGAUUUUUACUCUAACGAUCUUUGCUAUACCAAGUGAACACAUUGUACGCAAUUAGUCUUGAAAGUUUGUUAUCAGACAGUAUAGCUUCUCGUCGAGGAAGUACAAAGGUGAAUAGAAAUUAUUCAAUUAAAAUAAGUGUUUGAGGAAAAUUUCAUACAUUUAUAAGCAACAUCAAAAAGCAUACAAAUGAUUUCUUAUCUACUUGGUAUGUUUUUUUUUUUUAUUCAUACGGACGGAACCGGUGUAGAAAGAGAGAUACACAAAUGAUAGAAACAGGUUUAUAUGCGCAUACAAUUUUAUGUGAAAUAUGAGUGAAGUAGAAUUUAUAAAAUAUAUUCGAGAUUUUUAAGAUUGAAUUCUUCGAAUCGAUAAGC